UUUAGUCGAAUUUCCCAUUCAUCCAUCAGAAUAUCGGUCUAUUUUUAUCUGCAAAAAGUGUUGAGCGUUCUUUCAGGAAUGGGCAUCUGUAUUGCAUUCAAAGUACUCGCUGCGCUAGUUUUUGUUGCUGGUGUGGAACCAUAUUGUCGAGAUGUAGACUGGAGCGUUUCCUUUAAGAGGGCUGGACUGUCAGAGUGUGAUCGAUUAGGAGACAUGAUUGCCAGUUUAUGUAGAAGUCCAGUAGACCGAUCCGCUGAUCAUAUUGACCGACUGGAUCGUGUUAGAUGCUGCAGUAUACCAUUUCCAUGGCAAGAGGGCUAUGACUAUGUUCAGGAAAAUUGGAGGGAAUCUAUGAACACAGAUUCUACCUGGUCAUUGUGUAAACCUGGGUAUUUCCUCACUGGUCUGUAUAGGUCAGUAUAUAAGUUAUACCUCAGCGACAUCGAGGAAGGACGCUGCACCAGACCACGUAACCAUCCGGCUAAGUAUGGACACUGCAACGAUGUUGACAUCUCGGAUUGUUUUGAGAAGUUUAAUUGUUGCUCUUGCACAGAGGGAAGAUUCAUUGUUGGUCUGUAUCGUGGUAAUUGUAAAGACCUGCGAUGCUUGGACAAGCUACGCUGCUGCACGCUGGCGGCUGAGUCACCGCAUUAAACAAAAAGAUCAAUGAUCGAAAGCAGAGGCACUAUGUUUUUGGAUUCAAUAAAUGCAAAUAUAUACAUACAUACAUGAUAUUGGACUGACCAUUAAUAAAUUGUUAAAACU